CUGAACGCACCACUGUUUGACGUCAACACUGCGCGACCGCCUGCUAAGCUGAAGGCGAGUCUGGAUGAUGCUUCUCAUUCUGGAAAAUGGACAUGCAGCACUCUGCCUCCUGCCUCCCACUCUUAUAUGUUUUAAUAACAUGAGUGUAAAUGAGUGGAUUUAAGUUUCUAGAAUUUGCCAUCAUUGUCUGUGGAACCAUUCAGAUUCCGUUAGAUGUUUCUUUUAUUUAUAUAUCUCCCUGUUGUUUAUAAAACAGCAGUUUAAUGUACUUUACUUGUACAUGUGCUAAAACAAAAAGUCCCAGUUGGAUCUGUACCCACAGCAGAGCCCUGAUCAUGAAGAUUAAGUAGUGACACCUCAAAGCUUUUAAACUUUGAAACUUGAUGGAGCAGGAGCUGCCAGGAUCAGAAUUGGCCCACCAGUCAGUUCUGCUGUAAAACCAGGUCUGAUCCAUGACUGAGUACUACGAGGAGGGGGGGCUGCUGUACGAGCAAUCACCUCCCAUGCACAUCAAAGUGGAGUCUCCGGAGGGAGCCUUUGGAGGGGGAGCUUCGGAGAACGGCUUCCCCAGGGAGGAUGAGGACUCGGACGGCAGCUGCGACCAGAACCAGGCCUUACCUGGAGGACUCCCCUUCAACGUGGUAGUGGUGCAUCCGAACAUCAUGGCGCCCGGCAUGUCCUCAGACGACCUCUUGUCCAUUGAACAAAACAGAGCCAUGUCGGCCGCGCUGGCCGCCGGCGGCGCGGGCAAACGCAAGAGUCGUUUCAGCGGCGCCGAGCUGGAGGUGUUGGUGUCCGAAGUGACGCGGUGCGAGGGCGAACUCUUCGGUCCCGCCGGGCGCCUCCGGCGGCGAGAGAGGGAGCGGAUCUGGGCUGGAAUCCUGGAGCGGGUCAACGCCGUGUCCCGAGUGCCGCGGACCCUCCGGGAGGUGAAGAAGCGCUGGGACGACUUGAAGAGGCGCAACGGGGGCCGGCUGGCGGACGCUCGUCACCGCAGCUGCUACCUGCCGUCCAGCAGGGGGGCGUCGCUGCUCGGGCGCCCUUCCCAGCCGAGCCCCAGGCUUCAGCAGUCGAGGCAGAAGCAAAGCAUCCGACCAAAGCCUAGUUUCACGUGCUUCCCUGACUCUGACCCAGGUGUAGGAGCGGAUGGAUCGGAGCGAGACGGUUUGGAGAAAGAAGAGGACAAUCACGAGCGUGAGAGAGACAUAGGAGAUCCAGAUUGUGAGCCAGUAGAGAACAGCAUGGACGACAAGCUGGGAUUAGGACUGGGCCUGGGAAUAGGACCACCCCCUCCGUCUGAACGAUGGCUGCCUCCCUCCCCUCUCUACAGCGCUCCCUUCCUGAACGGCAGCCCUCAACCCAGCAGUCCCCAGCCGUCACUCGGAGCACAGCAGGGUCCUCUCGAAGUUCCCCCGCGCAGCUCCUGGCUCGAAGAUGAGCUUCGGGGGUUAGGGGAAGCGGCGAUCCAGCUGGGCAAUCGGGUAGAAAAAAGCCUCCGGGAAUUUGGCGAAGGUUUCAGGGAGGACAUGAGAACCCUCGUUGCGUCGCAGGAGGCGUUGGCGCUCAGUCUGCAACAAAACAACGUGCUCUUGCAGAGGCUUUUGGGAGUGCUCGAAGCCCAGCAGCAGCCGCCGCAGCCUCAGCAACACCGUGCGCAACAAGUGCACUCGGCACAAACGCCUCAACAGCACUUACAGCCGCAGCAGCUCCAGCCCUUAGAACCCCAGCAGCAGCAGCUGGCUGAAACACCACAGCACUCGCACGCUGCACACCAACACCCACAGCAGCAUCAAACACAGCUACAGCAGCAGCCGCACGCCGCCCCACAUUUAAAUAAUCACUCAGCCGCAGCUGUGGCCCCUUCACCGUCGCCCCCGGAUUCACACGGCACUUUUCCUCCCGAUCCGACCGCGGGCACCAACGGAAACGUCCCGAAGCCACGGCGAGGGAGAGCUGCGGAGCACAGGCGCAGAAGGCGACGCUGAGAAUGUAUUUAAGAACUCCACACGGUGCAUAUUUGAUGUUUUAAAAAAAAAAUGUGACAUGUAACGAUGCUCUUUUUACUUGCAGUAUUUCUGUAAUGAUUAAUAGUUACCUGCUGAAUCCCAUCUAACUGAACAUCUGCAACCCAUUUUAUACGUAGGUUUGUAAAUCUGGAAGGACCGAAGUAGCUUGGAUAAGUUGUCCCAAGACAAUAGGGUGGCCUUAACAUUACCUUCAUUUCUCAGAAAUGUGUGCGUAUUCRUAAAGACUUUACAGAGAACAUCUGGAAAAAUGGAGCGAAAGCUUCACUUGUGAAAUGUUCAGUGCUCAGAAAAACAGCAGAUGUGCACAUUUCCCUCAUGCUCUUAACAGUUCAAACUCAUUUCUCCAAAAUAAGUGCGUUGCCCAAAAACUAUGCGUGAUUUGCAGUUGUUUCCAUAUACUGUAGUUUUGCAGCCAUUGUAGUUACCAGCUAAUGUAAGCUUGUGCUUUUUUCUUUUUAAUUUAAGAAGCAUUUCUAUGCCUUCACAAAACAGAAAUGAAGGGAAGAGAAAAUAGGUGAAAUAAUAUUUAGCAAAAAAAACAAAUAAUAAUAAAUAAAUAAAUAAACGUUGCCCCUUUGGGCACCUUUAAUUUUUUGUUUUAAUGAUUUCGUAACAAAAACUUGUCCAAGUUGUGAUUGGACUCUAAAGCUAAGCUGUGUUAGACAAAAAUGCUAUAUUUUAUUGACUUAAAAGUUUUUUGCAGAUGGUAAAACCUCCAUAUAUGAACAUUACAGUAUGGUUCAGAUUUAAAUUUGUAUUUAUGGUGGAUUUUAAAAGGGGCUAUUGAUGAUCUUGCAUGCAGUAUUAUGGAUGUGUUUGUAAAUAGCUGCAAAGAAUCAUAAUAUGGCUAUCAUCCAUGUAGUUUUGCACAAGUUAUAUUUUGUAGAUAGGUACUGUUCUGAUGAAAUGUAACUAAACCUAAUAAAACAACAACAGUGGACUGCAAAAAUAAA